AUGAAGCUCCUGAACCUCAUUGCACUCUCCGUGAGCGCGUCGCUUUUCGUCGCGGCUGAUGUUGCUUGGGCCUCCGACGCGUCAACCAAGAAAUUGGAUUUGGACUCCACCGAGGAAACGAAAGGUCAUCUUCGUGGUUCGUUGCGUGGACCUGUGGAAGAGCGCGUGGCUUCCCUGGAGCCACUCGCUGCCGGUAUUGUGCGCCUUUCGGGGGGAGUACCGGCGAAGAUCGGGACCGCCGGCAUGAGCGCCGAAGCAUUGGCAAAGAAUGUCGGUCUUGUAAAUGAGUAUGCGGCGAAUCGAGUCAAUUUCCUCAAGAGUGUCGAGAUAGGCGAUGGCGGAAAAACGUUUCAAGCACUGGAUGAGGUAUGGGGUGGAUUCAUUGGAGGUGCGGAUUCGACGAAGAUGUCUCUAGCGAAGGACGCACCGAUUCGGCCUAUGGCUUCCAUUCGAGCGCGCCAAGGAAAGGGUGAAACCCUGAGAGAUAUCGUAUCAAAUCUCGUCAAGGUAAAAACGGCAAAUGAAUUCAAACCUCUACCCGCAGCGGUUGAGAAAAGGCUAGCGAUUCAAUCACGUACAUUAUACGUUAAGUACAUGCGAGUUAAGGCACUGGCGAUGAUGAGGAUACUGCGACCUCACCUGCGUGGCACUAGCAAGAAUCAAGCGGCUCAAGCUGCUCUCAAGAAGUUGGUGCGAAAUAGGCGAAAGCAAACGACGCCUAAGUCUUCGUUCCACACACGCACGCUCUGA